AUGACUAACGCUACAUUGAAUUUGCUAAAUAUUGACAAACUAAACAACGAUAACGAUACUAGUUGGAAGAACACUAUAAAUACUAUGCUAAUUAUCGAUGACCUAAGGUUUGUCCUUGUUGAGAAAUGUUCUCGAGUACCCACUGCUGGAGCAUCUAGAAAUGUUCGAGAUGCAUAUGAAAGAUGGGUCAAGGCAAACGAAGAGGCUCGAGCGUAUAUCUUGGCAAGUUUAUCUGAAGUCUUGGCCAAGAAGUACAAGAACAUGGUCACUGCAAGACAGAUCAUAGAUUCGUUAAGGGAGAUGUUUGGACAACCAUCCACCCAACUCCAACAUGACGCUCUUAAAUACAUCUUUAUUGCCCAUAUGAAAAAAGGGGUCUUUCUUCAAGAACAAGUUCUAAACAUGAUGGUCCACUUUAAUGUGGCUCGGAUGGAUCUGUCAUUGACGAAGCCAGUCAGAUUAGCUUCAUCCUGGAGACUUUACCUGAGAGUUUCCUCCAGUUCCAUAGUAAUGAUGUUAUGA